UAUAAGUCAUCAUAUGUCACCUCUAGCUGCUCUGUAAAUGGAUGCAAUCAUGCAAAUAGAUGCGAUGAGCAUUUACAUACUUCCACAAUGCCAUCGUCACUCUGGUAAUCUAAAUUGUACGGGCUAUAGGCAUCUGUUUGCAUUUGUCUACAGCAAAUCACAGAAAUAAGAGGAGACGAAGAUCUCUUCGAUGCCUAGGAAUGCUGGUGGAUCAGUUCAUGACUGGUCGUCAUUCUUAUUGCAAGUUAAACCACAACACACCUAUCCUGCGUUUGUGGUCUGACGAAGAGGCCGAGCUGAAGCACGAAUUCCGCAUCAGCAGAAGAGCCAUGAAUAGUUUGAAGAGACUCCUGCAAAGGGAACAGGACCAUGGCUGGGGUAAUCAUCUGGAAAUUCUUAUCUACACCUACUGGCUGGCUCAUGGACUGUCAUAUCGCAUGGUAUCCAGUGUGUUCAAUGUGCCGAAAGCUACAGUCCACCGCAUCGUCCACAGAGUGGUGCAAAACAUAUGUUUAAACCUGAAGCGAGCAAUCUCAUUCCCACAGAAAGAAGAGCUUCCUGCAGUAGGGCAAGGAUUUGUCCAGCUGUCAGGAACAACUGCAUUUCACAGUGUUGUUGGUGUAAUUGGUUGCACCCACAUACUCCCGCAGCAGCAUCAAAAGGACUACUUGGGUUGUCAUUCCAUAAACAUGCAGGCAAUAUGUGAUUCAAAUGGAAGGUUCCUGGAUAUAUUUGUCGCCUAUCCGGGGUCAGUUCAUGAAGCAGAAGUAAUGAAGAACAGUACACUUUAUAAGACUAGAUGUUAUCCCCCUAGAGGCUAUGUCCUUUUUGGUCAUGGUAGCUACCCCUGUUUAGAGACACCAGUCUGCUUGAUUACACCCUACAAGGAGCCAGUUGAUGGACAAGUCCAGGAGCGGUUCAAUUACCACCAUUCAAGGGGGCACAGCAUAAUUGAAAGGGCUUUUGGCAUGGUGAAGACUAGAUGGUCUACAUUGUUCAGUGCCUUGGAGGUGAAACCUACAUUUGCACCCAAGGUCAUCGCUUCCUGUGCCUUUUUGCACAAUGUGUGUUUGGACAAUGGGGACACACUUGAGCCAGAUGACAACAUUUCAGAGGACAACCUUGACCCCCAACCUCCCUGUGAUGGCAUGGCAUACAAUGAAACCUCUGGGAAUGCUACAAGGGACAGACUGGCUGCCCUCGUUUUGGACAGUGUGGAAGCUUCAUAAAGAUGCUAAAUCUCACAGGGUUGCACGCGCACAUAGUCGUGUUCAAAAUAAUGGCGUGUUUAAUGCCGCAUUCACACCGAGCGCGAUCAGACGCUACAAAUUCGCGUGGGUCGCUAGGCGACGGACGC